CUUGCAUGAUAUUGAAAUGAAAAAUGCAUCAAUAUGGUUCUUGAAAAAUUCAAAGAGUAACUAGUCACACCCUAAGCAAGCUACCUUUUAUUCAUCCUCUUCCUAAUUUGUCAUUCACUUAAUUUCUUGUCUUAUAUUUGCAACUCCUUCAUAGUUUUCUUUCUCCUCCUUUCAGAUCUUUACAACAAUCUGCUCAAAAAUCCUCCAAUGGCUCUUGUGACUAGCAAAGGAGGCUUAUCUUCAUCUUCAUCUUCCUCUUUCACCCACCAACUCAAGAACUUUGAUGUCUUCUUGAAUUUCAGAGGUGAAGAUACCCGUCUUGGUUUUACAGGCCAUUUGUAUAAUGCUUUGUGUCAACAGGGUAUCAACACCUUUAUUGAUGAUAACUUUCAAAGGGGAGAAGAAAUUUCUGCAGGACUUCUCAAAAUCAUUGAAAGUUCAAGGAUUUCAAUAAUUGUAUUCUCUGAAAACUAUGCGUCCUCCACAUGGUGCUUGGAUGAACUUAUCAAGAUUGUUGAGUGUAAGAAGAAUGACCAAUUAGUGCGACCAAUUUUUUACAACAUAGAUCCAUCAGAAGUUCGUAACCAAAAGGGAAAGUUUGGAGAAGCAUUAUCUAAACAUGAAGAAAAAAUAAAGGAUAACAAGAAGCUGCACAGUUGGAGGGAAGCUUUACAUGAAGCUGCCAAUAUAUCUGGUUGGCAUUACAAGCACGACUAUAUUGAAUUUGAAUUUAUCCAAGAAAUCGUUGAAGAGAUCUCAAAUUAUAAAUUAAAUCGGAUGCCAUUAUUUGUUGCUAAAUACCCAGUUGGAAUAAAUUCUCGCAUAGAGGCCAUAAUAUUGCAAUUAGAUAUUGGGUCAAAUGAUGUUCGUAUGUUAGGUAUGUAUGGCCUCAGUGGAGUGGGUAAAACAACCAUUGCAAAAGCUGUUUAUAACAAAAUUUUUUACAAUUUCGAAAGAAGCUUCUUUUUGGAAAAUGUUAGAGAAAAGUCAAGGACAUUUGAUGGCAUUAUUCAACUACAAGAGAUACUUCUUUGUGAGGCCCUAGGGAAUAGACAACUGAAGGUGUGCAAUGAAUCAAAAAGAACCAUUGCGAUAGAGAACAUACUUCGCAAUAAAAGAAUUCUUUUAAUUCUUGAUGAUGUGGAUAAAUCAGACCAAAUAGAAAGAUUGAUUGGAGGAUGUGAUUGGUUUGCUUCUGGAAGUCGAAUCAUUAUAACAACAAGAGAUAAACAUUUGUUACAUACUUUUAGAAUUUGUCAUUCAUCUUACAUGGUUAACGAAUUAGGUGAUCAUGAAGCUCUUGAACUAUUUAGUAUGCACUCCUUUCAAAAAAACAAACCUGAGGAAGAUUAUUUAGAACUUACUAAUCAAGUUAUAUGUUAUGCCAAGGGCAUUCCAUUAGCUCUAUCAAUAAUUGGUGCCAAUUUGCAUGGAAGAAGUGAAAUGGAAUGGAAAAGUGCAUUAGACAAGUAUGAAAGGAUUCCUGACAAAGAUAUACAAAAAGUACUCCAAGUAAGUUAUCAAGGAUUGGAUGAUACGGAACAAAAUAUUUUUCUCGAUCUUGCAUGUUUCUUCAAGGGUCAUUUCAAGGAUUAUGUUGUGGAUAUACUAAAUUCUUGCGAUCUAUACCCAGUUAUUGGUAUUCAAAAACUUAUUGAUAAGUGUCUUAUAAAUGUUGAUCGAUUUAACAAAUUAUGGAUGCAUGACUUGCUACAGCAAAUGGGUAGAGAGAUUGUCCGACAGGAAUCACCCCAAAAACCCGAACUACGUAGUAGAUUAUGGUAUUAUGAGGAUGCUUUUGAAGUACUAAUGGAAAAUAAGGGAUCAAAUAACAUUCGAGGCAUGAUGAUAGUCCCGCCUGAACCAACGAAGUUGCAACUAGAAGCUAAUUGUUUUGAAAAGAUGAAAAAUCUCAAGUUCCUUAUGGUUGGUAAUGUGGAUAUUUGCAGAGGUCUUGAAUAUCUCCCUAAUGGAUUAAGGGUGCUUGAUUGGCUAUGGUUUCCUUUAUCCUCCUUACCAUCCAAUUUUCGUCCUCAAAACCUUGUUGCACUCAACUUGCCACAAAGUCGGAUUAUAUUGGACAAGCUUUUCAAGAGGAUGCAAUGUAGAAGCUUGACACAUAUGAAUUUUCAUAACUGUCAAUACAUUAGGAGAUUACCAGACUUAUUGAGUGCCACCCCAAAUGUAAAGAACUUGGAUCUCAAUGAUUGUAGAAAAUUAGUCAAGAUUCAUGACUCUAUUGGAUAUCUUGAUAAGCUUGAAAGCUGGGACCUUCGGGGUUGCUUUGAACUUCGUAUUCUUCCAAGCUGCAUUGUGAUGAAAUCUCUUAAAUUUUUAUUUCUUUUGGAUUGCAAAAGGGUUAGGAGGUUCCCCGAUAUUCCACAAAGAAUGGAAAAUUUAAAGUAUCUAAAUCUAGCAUACACUGCCAUUACAGAGCUUCCUCCAUCAAUUGGAAAUCUCCCUGGGCUUGAGAUGUUAGAGAUAGGUUCCCCUUUCUAUUUGUGUCAGCUUCCAAUUAGCAUUUAUGAAUUGCAACAUAUUUCCCAACUCAAUCUCUAUGGUAAUGUCCAAUUUCCAAAGAGCGUGGGAAUUGGCAGACAAGCCCCAUUGAAUUUUCUAAAAAAGUUAACUUCAUGUUUCACCCAUCUAGAGAAAACUAAAGAUUUGAACCUCCGAGAAUGUAUUAUCAGAUUCAAUAGGUUAAGAAGAAUAGAAGCAUAUUCCUGCAUUUUGUUGAAUUCAGAAUCAUUAAGAAAAUUAAUCCUUCAGUUUGGAAGAAAAUUAGGGCUUCCACAAGAUAUGAAAUGUUCAGGAGUGAAGAUUGAUUUGCAUUCACAUCACAAAUUAUCGCAUCAGAUUGAUUUCUCUUCCCGGGUGUCCAUCUCUGAGCUCCGUGCACUUUUAAUCAAGUCCUUUCCCAAUAUAGAUGCGUAUCUGGUGAGUGAUUUAGCAGAAAUAUAUAGUAUUGGAGUACCAGGAAAGAAGAUUCCAAAGUGGUUUAACCAUCAAAGCGCAGAGAGUACCAUAUUAUUUUGGGUUGGUCCUGAAUUUCCUAUAGUUGCUCUUUGUGUUGCUUUUCAUCUAGUUCCGUUAAAGGACAGUUAUGCUGAUAAUGAUAGCUAUGGUUUUGUUCGUGAUGAUAUAAUCAGUUGGGAUUGUGAUCUCAUAAUUUUCAUCAAUGGUCAUAAGCGACCUUUUAUUGAGAGAAUGUUCUUUCGUUUUUUGAAGUGUGAUCAUAUUUGGUUUUUGGGUAUGCCUCACAGCCAAUCACUGAGGAAAUUUGGAGACUUGAUGCAAGGUGAUCGGAAUCAUGUUCAGAUUUCAUGUAAAAUCUCUCAUUGGACAAGUGAAUUUAGAAAAUUUGCUCCUAUGGUUGCAGGGAUGGGGGUACAUGUGGAAUGCAUUUGUUCUCCUCUGAAUUCCAUUAUCAUCCAAGACAACUCUCAAAAUGUUGAUGACUCUGAAGACACUAUGCUCACACCUUUACUACCUCCUUGCUCCACUUCUAAUGGUUCACAUACGAAUCUUGGGUGUCUUAAUGGACUCAAGACGUUGGAGACCCUGCUAACACUAAGUGACAUUUGAUUCAAGGCUUCCAAUGGAUAUAGCAAGUUGGUUCCACUAAAAUUUGGGUAUUGACUUAGCCGAUGGUAAUGGGUUUGAGUUGGGGUCUUCUUCAAUAGCCCGUCCCUUUCCAAAAAGAAAUAUUCCUAGGUCCAAGUUUUAUCCUGCACAAGCUCUACAAUACCGAAUGGCCAAAUUGGAGUACUUUUGGUCGACACAGGCCCUUUGUAGCAAUUAGCUGCUCAAACCCGUUGCCAAUGUUGUGAAAGAGGUGGGCUCCAUGCAUUCAGUGGGAGCAUCUUCAGUGCAUUCGAGCAAUUCAGAUAGUCUAAUCAGGGAUAUGCCAGUCAUUGCCGACUUGAAAUAUCACCAGUGUUUCUGAGAUACAAGAUAAACCAGAAAAACCCAUUAAAAAGAAAAGAAAAGAAAAGAAAAGAUACGCUAGAAAAACAACACCAAUGUCACCCUCCAAAAACUAUCCCAAACGCUAUGGAUGGUGGUGGAUCAUCCUUAGUCCCUCACGACACUGAGCUCCAGCAUUUAUUGCCUCCUAUGCCAACUUCUUACGGUUUCAACAAUGUCGAAGCUUUGGGGGCUUUCAAUGGAUGCGGCAAAUGAGUCUGAUUUUGGUUUGGGAUAUGACUUAACCGUUGGUCAUGGGUUUAAUUUGGGUUCUACUUCAUUGGUCUAUCCCUCUGUAAAAUGAUUUCGACUUCAAUCCAUAUCCAUGGUUGAAGAAAAUGAAAACGUCUUAGUUCGAUCAAAUUUCGAAGAAACAUGGCAAGAUGAAUUGGAUGAUUGUGAUUGUAAUGGGUUUCAAUUUUUCUUGCCUUAAGGCUAUGAUCACCUGCCUAGACUUCUGCAUGGUAGAGAGCCAUUUUCCAAUGUAGCAGUUCCUUGACAUCUGAUUCAAGACUUCUAAUGGAUAUACCAAAUUGAACUAUUAUUACAUUGAAACUAUUUCCUUUGCAUCAUCUUCAUUUGAUUUAUUAUGCCAGAGAAUGUCUCCCUUUUUUGCAUUGUUUGAUUUGCAUAUUUGGGGGUCUUUUUCACUUCCUAUUCUCAUUCGCUAAAUUAAUGGGCUCUUUCAUGUGGGAACUAAUUCAGUUUGAAAGGACAUUUAUGCAAAGAAAAAGUAGAAUUGAUGGUCAUUUUAUUUGUUUUUGAAUUUAGUUUCUUGUAAAUUUGUAAUGGCAAAGGAACCUUCAAAAUUAUUUGAGAAAAAGCAUUAAAUUGUCUAGUUAAUGGACCAGAAAGUCAGAAGGCCUAUGCUUUUUCAGACUCACAAAGAUACACAUCUAAUUGGCCAUUGCGAAGAGAUUACUUGUAAUGAUUAGAAUUGUUGGUUUUAAUUAGUUUAGCAUAUUCUUAUGGUGUUUUGAAAGGGCUGUGGUAUUAGUUCUGAAAUAAAUAACACAAGUGAAUGUUGCUUGAAAUUUAAGUUUUGAUGAAUGGAAUUCUCAUGGUGCCAUAAAUUUUCAGCUAGAAGACUCAGUUAAACCACAAUGCAUUGUGUAUUAUGGAGAAUAUAUAACAUAUAGAUUCAACCAACCGAAAAGAAAAAUUUAGAAGUCGGAGCAAGAGUGAAUGCUUGAGCUUAAAUUUUUGGUUUCUAUAUUCAACUGAUAAAGUCAUUGCUUGUUAAAUUUGGUGCAAUUUUAAAGUCGUUUGAGAGCAAAACAAUUUUACAAAGUGUUCAGGUUUGGCGGAUUUGGCAGAACUAAAUAUUUAACUAGGAGUGAUUUAAACUUAGGAAUAGAUUUAACUAGAAUACAAUUUCACUUUAUAUACAAUAUGCAGGAACAUCUUGAAGAAUAUGUUAGACCUAACACAAGAAGAGCAAUCUUGUAUCAAGUAAGAAAUGUUAAAGCUUAUCACUUCUCAAUUGCGUUCCUUUAACUAUUUGUUGUAAUUUUUUUGAAAACAUCACAUAGAAGUAUUGAGGUUAAACAUAGAAUUGGAUUUUCUAUUAACAGAAAAUCAUUCUCGAUUAAUUGUUCAUAGACUUUACAUUAAGAUGUCCCUAACUUGACCUACAACCUGUGGGCUAUAGGAAUAUGUAAAAGGUAUAUUAGCAACCGGAAUGCAGUCUAACUAUGGUUUUGAGGUUCAACUUGAUGCUUGUUGGACCCAUAAAAUGACACGAACAAAAAUUGAACUGAUCCGUUUGGCAAUUUCUUGUUUCAGUCAUUCAUGGCAGGGGUGCAGGCAUAUAUUCUUGUAUUAGUGAAAUAGUGCUUGGUCACAAAAUCUUUUUUCACCUCUUUUUCUUAUUGCAAUUGAGCAUAGUUGUUAUGUUCUGUGAUAUGUAUCAAGAUAAUAUUCUUUUGGAACACCCCCAGAAAAAAACCCCUUAUUUUAUUUUA